AUGGCCAACAAAAUGGAUAUGUCUUUGGAUGACAUCAUUAAGAUGAACCGGAGCCAUCAAGGCAGUCGUGGCAAAGGCCAGGGAUGGAGCAUGGCCGGCUGCCAGGGCCGCCACAACGGUGCCAUGAAGGCCCCUGUGUGGGGGCAUCGAUGUAGCAGGUCUCUGAAGAACCGGUCUACCAUGAGUGGUGGCUCUGCCAGAGGAGGCAGGAACUGGCCAGGUCCUUACAGCAGGCUUAAACAACUUUCCAACAAGUGGCAGCAUCACCUAUUUGACAGCCACUUCUGUGGUGGGGCCAUCAUGGAGAUGGGUGGUAAGCUGUUGGUGUCAAACCUUGACUGCGGGGUGUCAGAUGGAGAUAUUCAGGAACUCUUCUCAGAGUUUGGAACACUGAAGACAGCAGCUGUGCACUAUGAUCGCUCCAGACGAAGUUCUGGGCCAACACAUGUGCACUUUCAACAGAAGGCAGAUGCCCUGAAGGCUAUGAAACAGUACAAUGGUGUCCCGUUAGAUGGGCCCCCGAACAUUCAGCUUGUCACAUCACAGACUGCCUCACAAAGGAAACAAGCACAGAGAAUGAACAGAGAUGCCUUGACGAGAAACCAUGGCUCAGGGUGUUUUGUUGGUGGCCUCAUCCGGAGAGGUGUCCGUGGAGGCAGCAUUGGAAGAGGUAGAUGUACAAGCAGGAACGCAAAGAAGCAUCUUUCUGCCAAGAAGUUGGAUGCACAGCUGGAUGAGUACAAUGUACAGAUGGACCCCAGUUAA